AUGGUUGAUUCUCGCUGUUCGGAGCGUCUGGAACGGGGGCUGCUGGAGGUGAGGAAGGUAAAGAGCCUGGGAGAUCCAGAGCUUAUUAGAGGAAGAGAGAAACAGGCAGAGCAGAGAGGCCAGAGAGAAGAACCAAACCUCAGACCUCCAUCACCCAGUCCACCACCACCAUACUGGACCAGCACCUCAGACCUCCGUCACCCAGUCCACCACCACCAUCCUGGACCAGAACCUCAGACCUCCGUCACCCAGUCCACCACCACCAUACUGGACCAGCACCUCAGACCUCCGUCACCCAGUCCACCACCACCAUACUGGACCAGCACCUCAGACCUCCAACCUCGAAACCCCGUACCAAAUCCUCCCCCACCAUCUGGGGCCAGGGAAAACCCCAGACCCCCGUUCACCCAGUUUACACACCACCAUACUGGACCAGAACCUCGACCCUCCGUCACCCAAGUCCCACACCACAUACUGGCCAGAACCUCAGACCUUCCGUCACCAGUCCACCCUACCCUCCCGGCCAGAACUCAGACCCCCCGUCACCCAGUUCCGCACCACCAUCUGGACCAGAACCUAGGGCCUCCGUCACCCAGUCCCCCCCACCCUCCCGGACCAGAACCUAGGGCCUCCCUCACCCAGUCCCCAAACCCCAUCCCGGACCCGAACCCCCGACCUCCCUACCAGUCCACCCCCCACCAUACUGGACCCGAAUCAGCCCCCGUCACCCAGUCCACACCCCAUUCUGGACCAGAACUCGACUCCGUCACCCAGUCCUCCAAAAUUUGGACCAAACUAGAAAACUUCCGUUUUUUACCCAAAGGAUCCGUCUCCUGCUUUGUCCCUGCAGGCCUGGCUGCGGCAGUGGGCCAGGAACCGGACCAAGCCCAUGGCUGUGCCUACGGCAGCUGUUAUCCAGCCACCGGAGACUUGUUGGUGGGAAGGGAAAAAAACCUGAAGGCCUCGUCUACAUGUGGCAUGAGAAGGAAGGAGCCGUACUGCAUAGUCAGUCACCUGCAGGAUGAGAAGAAAUGUUUUGAGUGUGACUCCAGACGGCCAUAUGACCCCGUCUACAACACCAUUAAUCACCGGAUAGAAAACGUCAUCACUACAUUCAAGCCACACCGCAAAGAGUCCUGGUGGCAGUCUGAGAACGGAAAGCCAGAUGUUUUCAUUGAACUAGAUCUGGAGGCGGAGUUUCAUUUCACUCAUCUGAUCAUGACAUUUAAGACUUUUCGCCCUGCCGCCAUGCUGAUUGAGCGAUCAGCAGACUUUGGUCGAACCUGGCAGAUCUACCGCUACUUUGCUCAUGACUGCGCGGCGUCCUUUCCUGGAGUGUCCACGGGUCCACUGCGUAACAUCAAUGAUGUCAUCUGUGAGUCGCGCUAUUCUGACAUUGAGCCAUCGACAGAGGGCGAGGUCAUCUACAGAGUGCUGGACCCGGCCAUCAGGAUCGAGGACCCGUACAGCCCCAGCAUUCAGAACCAACUGAAGAUCACUAACCUGAGACUGAACUUCACCAAACUUCACACACUUGGAGACAACCUGCUGGACCCCAGAGCUGAGAUCAAGGAGAAGUACUACUACGCUAUCUAUGAGCUGGUGGUUCGUGGAAACUGCUUCUGCUAUGGCCAUGCUUCAGAGUGUGCGCCCAUCGAAGGCAUCAGGGGUGACGUAGAGGGAAUGGUUCAUGGCAGAUGUGUUUGCAACCAUAAUACCAAAGGUCUGAACUGUGAGCAGUGUGAUGACUUCUACAACGACCAGCCUUGGAGGCCGGCGGAGGGCCGCAACACACACGCCUGCAAGAAGUGUGACUGCAAUGAGCAUUCGGAGAAGUGCCACUUUGACAUGGCCGUCUAUCUGUCCACGGGAAACGCCAGCGGAGGAGUGUGUGACGACUGUCAGCAUAACACCAUGGGCCGCAACUGUGAGCUCUGCAAACCGUUCUACUACAGGGAUCCAAGCAGACACAUGAGGGAUCUGCGUGUUUGCAUCGCCUGUGAUUGUGACCCAGAUGGUUCAGAGAAUGGAGGGCUGUGUGACAGCCACAGCGACCCGUCCCUCGGCAUGGUGGGAGGUCAGUGCCGCUGCAAGACCAACGUGGAGGGACUGCGGUGCGACAGGUGCCGGUCCGGCUUCUUUGGGCUGAGUGCAGAAAACCCCUUUGGCUGCCAGUCCUGUCGAUGCGACCACAGAGGAACCGUGACGGGCAGCUCCAUGUGUGACCCAGUCACCGGAGCCUGCGUCUGCAAGCGGCUCGUCACGGGACGCAACUGUGACCAGUGUCUGCCAGAGCACUGGGGGCUGAGCCACGACCUGAGCGGCUGCAGAGACUGCGAGUGUGACAUCGGGGGGGCACUGGAUAACCUAUGCUCCAUGGACAUCGGUCAGUGUCGCUGCCGCAGUCACAUGACAGGCCGCGACUGCACUCAGGUUGAGUCUGGAUAUUUCUUCAUGGCUUUGGAUCACUUCCUGUAUGAGGCGGAGUUUGCUGAAAUGGGUCAGGGUUGUACCUUAGAGACCAGAGAACAUCAACCCGGUCGCCCCGCCCAGUGGACCAACAUCGGCUUCGCUAAGGUCCCUCUAGGUGGCACCCUGGAGUUUGUGGUGGAUAACAUACCGUACUCCAUGGAGUACGAUUUACUCAUCAGAUACGAAUCCCAGAUGCCCCGGGACUGGGAGGAGGUGCGGAUCACUGUGAUCCGUCCAGGUCCGAUUCCCACCAGCAGCCCCUGUGGAAACACCAUCCCAGACGAUGACCAGCUCACCGUCUCACUGCCAGCUGGAGCCAGGUUUGUGGUUCUUCCUCAGCCAGUGUGUUUGGAAAAGGGCGUGACCUACAGCCUUCCCCUUGAGUUUAAACGCUAUCAAGAUGCUAACAGCAUCCCCAGCGGCACAGACUACGCCGUCGUCCUCAUCGACUCUAUCGGUCUGAUGCCGCGUCACUCUUCCAUGGAGAUGUUUAUCUCCGGGGAUCUUGCUUCAAACGUCAGGAAGCAGACCUUCGAGCGGUACCGGUGCCACGAGGGAGCGAGGAGCGUGAUCCGCCCACAGAUCAGCGACACGUGUGCUAAACUCAUCAACAGCAUGUCGGCCAUCAUCAACGAUGGGGCACUGGCUUGUGACUGUGAUCCGCAGGGAUCCAUCAGCUCCCUUUGUGAUGUCCGGGGGGGCCAGUGUCGCUGCAGGCCCAACGUCAUUGGUCGACGCUGUGACAAAUGUGCACCAGGAACUUAUGGCUUCGGGCCGUCAGGCUGCAUAGCAUGCGAGUGCAGCCUGGACGGCUCAGUGACCCGACUCUGUGACAAGUACAGCGGGCAGUGCCAGUGCCGCCCUGGAGCGUUUGGGCAGCGGUGUGAUGGGUGCCAGGCAGGUCACUGGGGAUUUCCCAGCUGCCGACCAUGCCAGUGUAAUGGACAUGCCGACCGCUGUGACCAAAGAACUGGAGUCUGUAUCGGCUGCAGGGACAACACAGGAGGAGAUAAGUGUGACAGGUGUGCCAAAGGUUACUAUGGAAACCCAAUAUUGGACAUAUCAUCCGGUGGCCAAUGUCGUCCAUGCCCGUGUCCAGAUGGUCCCCACAGUGGACGAAACUUUGCCACAUCUUGUUACCAGGACAACCGCAACAGACAAAUAAUCUGCAACUGUAACCAAGGUUACACAGGAGCCCGGUGUGAGGAAUGCGCCCCUGGUUACUAUGGCAACCCGUCUCAGCCGGGCGGGCGCUGUCAGCCAUGUCAGUGCAGCAACAACAUAGACAUGUCUGAUAUGGACGCCUGUGACCGUCGGACCGGACAGUGCAGGAAGUGCCUCUACAACACUGAGGGCCCUAACUGCAGCAUCUGCAAGAGCGGGUAUUUCGGAGAUGGAUCCCGUCGCAACUGCAGGAAGUGUACAUGCAACUUUUUGGGCACCGAGCACAGUCAGUGCAUGGCGCGGGAGGAAUGCGUGUGCCAGCGCGCCAUGGGCCAGUGUCAGUGUCUGCCCAACGUAGUGGGUCUGACAUGUGACCACUGCGCCCCAAACCACUGGAACCUGGCCAGCGGGAAAGGCUGCGAACCAUGCAGCUGUGACCCCAACAACUCUGUCACAUCCUCCUGCAAUGAAUUUACUGGCCAGUGUCAGUGUCGGGAGGGCUUUGGAGGGAAGACCUGCACAGACUGUGAGGAGAACUUUUGGGGAGACCCCAGGACGCAGUGCAGGGCUUGCGACUGUGACUGGCGUGGGAUCAAGACCUCUCAGUGCAACCGGGUGACGGGCCACUGCGUCUGCCAGCAGGGCGUGUCGGGUGUUCGCUGUGACCAGUGCGCCAGAGGAUUUGCCGGCCAGUUUCCUAACUGCCUGCCCUGUCACCAGUGCUUUGGGGACUGGGAUCGCAUCGUGCAGGACUUGGCAGUUCGUACCAAGACUCUUGCAGAGCGGGCCCAUGAGAUUCAAGAAACCGGGCUGAUUGGCCCCUAUGAGAAAACCUUCAAAGACCUGGAAGAGAAGCUGGCUCAAGCUCAGGCCAUCGUCAAUGCACGCAACGCCACGACUGCAGCCGUUUCUACCCUGAUGGAGCUUAUUGAGGAUCUCAGGGCGCAGAUUGGUGAGACAACUGAGGGUUUGAAUCACGUGGAGGGAGAUUUAACCAUCAUCCAGGACCGAAACUCUGAUGCCAGCAAGGAGCUGAAUGCUCUGGAGCGGGAGGCUCGAGAGCUCAACCUCACAUCAGAGCAGCUCCAAAAUCAACUGGAUGUCCUGAAAAACUCCAACUUCCUAGGAGCUUACGACAGUAUCCGCAGCUCCUACAACACGUCUGCAGAUGCUGAGCGGCGUGCCAAGGCGUCCACAACCGCCAAGCCCAGCACAGUCAGUCAGUCUGCAGACAUCCGCCGCCGAACCGAGCGCCUCAUCUCUGCCAAGAAGGACGACUUCAAUCGCAAAAACGCCGCAAACAAGCAGUCGCUGGGAGAGCUGAAGACCAGAGCGCAGGGCCUGGACAUGAGAAGGCUCAAUGAAAAGGUCUGUGGCUCGCUGAGUGAUGCGCCAUGCACAGAGAGUCCAUGUGGGGGCGCUGGCUGCCGAGACGACGAAGGGAAGCCCCACUGCGGAGGCCUGAACUGCAACGGAGCUGUGGCUGCAGCGGACAACGCUUUGGAAAGAGCCAAGCAUGCAGAGAAGGAGCUGAACAAGGCCAUGGGGGAGAUGCAGGAGCUCUAUAGCAAGGUGGCAGAAGCUAAGGCCAAGGCAGAGGAGGCUAAGGGUAAAGCCCAAACUGCUCUGGACAAAGCCACCGCCACCAAGAACAAAGUGGAACGCUCCAACAACAACCUCAGAGACCUCAUCAAACAGAUCCGGGACUUCCUCACCCAGGAAGGAGCAGACCCGGACAGCAUUGAGGCGGUGGCCAACCAGGUGCUGCAGCUCUCCAUCCCUGCCUCCCCCUUCCAGAUCAGAGAUCUGGCGGAUGAGAUCAAGGACCGCGUCCACAGCCUUUCAAACGUAGACGCCAUUCUGCAGCAGACGCAGGAUGAUGUCAGAAAGACGGAGAAGCUGCUGCUGGAUGCCAAGAGGGCGAGGCAUCGUGCUGAGGGGGUGAAAGACACAGCGGAGGAGGUGAAGCAGGCAUUGGUGGAUGCAAAGAGCGCCCAGACUUUGGCGGAGAAGGCCAUAACCAGAGCCAGGGCCGACAUUAGAGAGACCGAGAAUCGACUGGCACAGAUCGAGUCAGAAACAUCCAACAGUGAGCGGAACUUGGACGAUGCCAUGGGUCGCCUCGGCACACUGGAGCAGGAAAUCAAUGCCCAGAAGACCAAACGAGCCAAAAACACCAUGGCGGCGGCCCGGGCCGAGGAGACGGCAACCAUGGCUCGAGACAAGGCGAACGAAGCCAAGCAGAUUCUAGAGGGCCAGCUGACAGACAACUUCAAUGAGGUGCAGCAACGAGCCGACACCAAGGCCAAGGCUGUCAGGGAGGCCAAGAAGCAGGCAGAGAGCCUGCGAGAGGAGGCCAAGGAGCUCCUCCACGAUGCUCGCAAAAAGCUGCAGAAACUUGCAGAGCUGGAGAAAAACUACGAGGAGAACCAGAGGAAGCUGGAGGGGAAAGCUCAGCAGCUGGACGGUUUGGAGGACAAAAUGAGGAGCAUCCUGAACGACAUCAACAGACAGAUCCAGAUCUACAACACGUGUCAGUGAAGCAGCUCCUACCAGUUCCCUUCAGAGACAAGACAGUCUAUGCAUCUGCAGCAUCUAGUUACUGCUUUUCUCUGUAGCAACCUGUCAGCAUGUCACCAAGCACAUAUUUUACUUCUAUUUAUCUCUGCACAACUUUGAAUGUAUGUAUUAAGUUUUUAAGUAGAUAAACUCAGAGCAGCACAGAAACCCCCCCCCCCCCCCCCCCCCCCCAUCCAGCUGUUAACCUUUGCCCCCUGAUGGGUCCAUCAACCCUGAUGCGUGGCUUCAUGGCGUCUGGUUUCCAGUCAGUCAUGUGACCGAUCCAGGAGCUUUUUCUAACUGAUUCACUGAACUGGGUUUAAAAACGUUUCCGUCAACAUGAUGCAUCUGCUGAGAAAAAGUCUAAUCUUUUAUCGUUAAAAUGAUCCAGGAG